AUGCUAGGAUUUCAAUUUAUCGUAGCAUUGAUAGGCAAAAAUACUGUUAUAAUUGGACAAAGUUUAAUGGCACAAACUGUUUUUUUGGUAAAGUUAUCAGUAUACAACUUUAUCGGAAGUUAUCUAAAGUCCCAAAUGGAAGAUAUAGGCUACUCUAUUUAUCAAAGUGCUUGGUAUGAAUUUCCUAUCAAACUGUCGAAAAAUCUAGUCUUCAUCUUUAUGCAGACAGAAGCUCCAGCCAUGUUUCAAGCUGGAAAUUUUAUUGUGGUAAAAUUAUCAACUUUAGGAGCAGAUCAUCGGUUGGCAUUAGUUAGAGUCAUUAUCUCGACAAUGGCAAGUGAACGGUGGAAAAACGAUAUCGCAUACGCGAUGACCCCUUUCAAAUUGAUUGCGUGGCCUAUCGGCGUAUGGCCACUUCAAAUUUAUAACAUUUAUUCGCUAUUGCGUUGUGCUUUAGGCACUUGUUGUGCGAGCCUAAAUGUGAUCUUGCCUUCCAUGGAGCUAUACAUGGGCUGUACUGACGUAGAGCAAAACGUGGACUGUCUGAUGUUAAUCGGUUGCGGACUUCUCGGUGUGUUGAAGACGACAUGGUUCCGCAUUUAUGCAGAUAGUUUAAUUAUCAAUUACGACUCUGCUCUAAACGAUUAUCUGACGAUUGGUAACACAAGAGAGCGCGACAUUAUGCGAAAACAUGCUUUUAUAGGACGAAUUCUUUGUUUUUUCAUGCUGGGCUUUUCUUACGUUAGUUGUUUAAUAUAUGGGAUAAUUCCUUUUUUGAAUUACGACCAAGGUAAUCGGAUUAACAUAACAAACGAGGAUAUGAUAUUGGAGUAUGCUAUACCAUCAAGAUGCACUCUAGAAUAUUUCCAUUUUCCAACCAGCAUGUAUAAACUCAUUUGUCUCGUCGAAACUGUUAUAAUGAUACUGGCAACUACAGCUAAUCUUGGUAACGACGCGUUGUUUCUUAACAUUACAUUGCAUGUUUGCGGCCAAAUAAAUAUUCUGAGGAUACAUUUCAUCAACUUUGAUGUUACAAGUCCGCAAAUCAACAAUCGUUUCAAUGCAUUAAUUCAAAGACAUCGUUAUCUGAUAACGCUGACUAGAGAACUUGCUGAUCUGAUCAGUUUCGUAUUGCUGAUGGAAUUAUUCAUUAUCAGCAUAUUAUUAUGUAUAGUGGGAUUUCAGUUUAUCUUCGCGUUGAAAGUCAAUAAUACUGUUAUGAUAGGAAAGAGUUUAAUGGUACUGAGUGCUAUUAUGACACAAUUAACGCUGUAUGGUUUUAUCGGGAAUUAUUUGAAAUCUGAAAUGGAAGACAUAGGGCUCUCUGUUUAUCAAAGUGCUUGGUACAAUUUUCCUGAAAACUUAACAAAAAACGUAAUUUUCAUUCUUAUGCAGACAAAAUCUUCAGUCGCGUUCCAGGCUGGAAAUUUCAUCGUAGUCAAUCUAUCAACUUAUGUGAGCAUUUUAAAAACCUCUUUUUCAUAUUUGUCCGUGCUUCGUAUAAUGGUCGAAGUGUGAAAUAAAAGGUGCAAAUAAAAGAAAGAGAAAUCUGCAAUUUGUAAAUAUUAAAUGCGUUCAAUAUAGCACAUGUUUUCAAAAUAGAAUUCUAUGAAAAAAUAUUUAUUAAAAUGUCACGGAAUAAACUUACCAUCCUCCAUAAUCUGCUUGUGCUAUUUCAAUUUUUCCUAUUUAAUAUCAAUAUAAUAGAAAUAGAAAUUAUUAGAAGAAGUGCAGCGUAUUUGAGAUACUGUUGAUAUUAUAAUUUGGAAUACCACGAAAAAUUGAUGAUUUUAUUGUCAUUUAUCAGCAAAUAUUGGAAUUAGAUAAAAAUUCGUACAACAAAAUAUCUGAAAAUGCCACCAGAAAGGCUAAUA